UUGCUCUCUCCCUCAACCUUUCCUUCCUUCACUAAUUUUCCUUGCCCUCAAAGUCUUCCUUUCUUUCUUCCCCUUCUCACCUCGCCUCCCUCCCCUACCAUUUCACAUGGACACUCACCAGACCCGAAGCUUUAACUCGGUUCCAUCAAUGGCAGAUUCAAGAUCUUACACGAAGCCCCAUUUCCCACGUCAAGAGUUUCAACCAAAUCACUCCUCCGUCACCAGACACAGAUCCUACACUCAUGUCCUCUGUAAGUCUAUCUUCUUUGUCCUCUUCCUUAUUGCUAUUCCUCUCUUCCCUUCGGAAGCUCCUAACUUUAUAAACCACUCCAUACUCACCAAGUUCUGGGAGCUUGUUCACUUACUCUUCAUCGGUGUUGCUGUCUCCUAUGGCUUGUUUAGCCGCAGAAAUGCUGAAGUGGACUUUCAAACCCAUUCCAAUAACUAUGACUAUGACGAUUCACAAUCAUCUUUUGUGUCUAGGAUUUUUCAUGUUUCCCCGAUUUUUGAGGAUGGGCAUGAAAAUUCAUGUGGCUCCGAUGAGAAAAAUUUGUACCAGUCUUGGAAUUCUCAGUUCUAUAGGGGUGAAUCUGAUGUUACUGUUCCUAAUGGUAGCUCUGCUAUUAAUGAAGUGAGCAAAACUGAAUCGAUCAAUUUUGAAAAAGAAACUGAGAUUUCACUUGAGCAAGACGAGAAUAAUGUUGCUCAAGCUUGGAAUUCUCAGUAUUUCAGGGGUGAAUCAGUGGUUUUAUUGUCCCAAGCAAACUACGGAAUUGGUGAAUGGGAGAAACCAGCGCAAGUAGUCGGUUACAAACCGUUAGGAUUGCCGAUUAGGAGCUUAAAAUCAAAGAUUAGAAACUCAGAUAGUGCUCAAUUUAGUAAUGGAAGUGAGUCUAGUCCGAGCUUGAUUGGUUCUCCCUGUAGUUCUGGAAGGAGUAUGGAAGAGGAACAUUUUGGGGAUUUGGGCCCCUCAAAUCUGGAGGAGAAUUUUGAUGAAAGUGUUUCCUCGUCCGCUCAAAUUCCAUGGCGUUCUAGAUCUGGAAGGGCAGAAAUGUGGGAGAGAGUAGGUUCUGUUGCUGGUAGUCCUUUACAUUUUAGGCCUCUCUCAGUUGAUGAAACUCAAUUUGAAUCUCUCAAAUCGCAUUCUUUCAGGUCUACACCUGCUUUCUCGUCCCAAGCUAGUUCAAUAUCAAAUUCACCAACCAGGCUUUCUCCUUCUGAAUCUGUUUGUUCCGAUUCACCAAAUUCAGGAACACUAGAAUCUGGGAAAAAGGAGGAUUUUCGUGCAUCAUAUCCUCAUGCUUCGCAAUCACAAAAAACAACAGUGAAUCGCGAGGCUCGACUGAAUGCAUUUCAUUUAAGAAGAUACAGUAGUGGCUCUUUGUUCCAAAAGGAUUUGAAAGGAACCUCAAAAGAUAAAUUGAAGGAUCGGGGUGGCAGAAAAGAGGAUCCAUUGGGUAGUAAAGAGAGGGGGGAGGGUUCUUUGAAAUUGGAUAACAAUGGGAGAAAAGAGGAUUCAAUGGACAGUAAAGAGAGGGGGCAGAGUUCUUUGAGAUUGGAUAACAAUGGCAAAAAAGAGGAUUCAAUGGGAAGUAAAGAGAGGGGGCAGAGGUCUUUGAAAUUGGAUGACAAUGGCAGAAAAGAGGAUUCAAUGGCCAGUAAAGAGAGGGGGCAGAUUUCUUUGAAAUUGGAUAACAAUGGCAGAAAAGAGGAUUCAAUGGGUAGUGAAGAGAGUGGGCAGAGUUCUUUGAGAUUGGAUAACAAUGGCAGAAAAGAGGAUUCAAUGGGCAGUGAAGAGAAGGGGCAGGGUUCUUUAAAAUUUGAUAAGAAACCUGCUACCAUUGUUAAAACUCCAUCGAGGGGAAGAUCUGUUAGGACUAUUAGAAGUGGUGUAUACAGCCCAGAACCAGAGGCAACAAAGAUUGCAGAAAUAAGCAAAACCCACAGUGAUGAUAAGGCUGGAAAAGGGUCUGAUGAAGGAAAAGCAGUAAAUACAGGGAAAAAUGAGAAGAAAAAUCUUGAUACUCACUAUGAUGUGCCAAUGCCAACAUAUGCAAAAUUUCAGAAGAGAGAAAAGGAUUCUUGUUUGGAGAAUGUUGAUGUUGAGUCUGAAAACGAUUCAGAGAGCGAGACCGACAGCAGCACUCCAGCAAGCUCAGAUGAAGGUACUGGUACUGACCCUGUGAGGGAUGCAGGACUUGACCCUAAUGAUAGUGAAGUUGAUAAGAAGGCUGGCGAGUUUAUAGCCAAGUUCAGGGAGCAGAUUAGACUUCAGAAGGUGGCUUCUAUUGAAAGAUCAAGAAGGAAGCGCAUGAGUAGUAAACAUUUAAGUUGAAGCAUCAUAAGGUUGAACAUUCUUCUGUUGUGUUCUUAGUGGUCUCUACUUGUUGAGUUCUUACUUGAGAAUUCUUUUUAAACAAAUCUAAUUGUGUUUAGAUUUUUGAAACACAGACUCCCUCUGUAGAAAUAUUUCUGUAUCUUUACAUGAAUGAAGAGCAACGUCUUUGACCA